AUGGACGUGACCUCGGUUGCAUCGCUCAUCACAACAACCAUCUCAAUCAGCGACUUCCAGGUGGGUUUUUGGCCAUUUCUUUUGGCCGAGGCAGAGCUUUUUUACUUUUGGUCAUCAUUUCUUUAGGAUUGAACUAACAAAUUUUUUGUUUCAGCAUCAGGUGCUAUGGAUCCUAAUCGUCGGUGCGAUCCUCGCCUUUGCUCUGGGCUUCUCUCUCGGAGCUAAUGAUGUCUCAAAUGCCUUCGGAACCUCAGUCGGAUCAGGAGUAUUGACCAUAAGACAAGCCUACAUGUUGGCCACUGUUGUCGAGUCUGCCGGUGCAAUCUUAAUUGGCUAUAAUGUGGUCGACACCAUGCGAAAAGGAGUGGUUGAUGUGGACAUCUACCAAGGUGAAGAGCGAUUGUUCUUCUUGGGACAGCUCGGAGUCCUCGGAGGCUGCAGUACCUGGUUGAUGCUGGCCACGGCUCUUGAUCUUCCGGUCUCCUCGUCCCAUUCCAUUGUCGGGUCGACCGUUGGCUUCUCGUUGGCGUUGAAAGGAACCACCGGAAUUGAUUGGAGUGUUGUCUACAGAAUCAUGGCCUCAUGGGUCAUCUCUCCGGUCUUCUCUGCCAUCGUCUCCGGCUUCUUCUACAUCAUCCUCGACAUUACCGUGCUCCGGCGUCGCAAUCCCGUCAAAAAUGGUCUCUUCCUGCUUCCAUUCUUCUACUUCUUCUGCAUUGCCUUCAACACCUUCAACGUCGUCUUCCAAGGCAGCAAAAUCCUUGGAUUGGAGUCGGUCGACCUUCUCUGGGCCUUCAUCAUCUCCACUAUCGCUGGAGUGCUGGCAGCUCUCUUCUCCCAGUUCAUUCUUCGCCCUCUGUUGCUGCGCUUCAUCGCCAAGGCGGAUCAAAAGCCAGCUACCAACAGUAAGUUUAUCUACUUCCUUAUUUUAUGACUGACUAACCAUUUUUUACCUCGAACACUAACUCCAAUGAACUGAUUAGUCUACGGGUCGUUUUCAGAAGCCACCGUGGUCCCAGUUGAUGCGGAUGCCGUCAAGCCCGCCUCCGCCGCUCUGCCAGCUCCAGUGGUGCGCGAGGAGGACAAACAACACUUCAGCUUGAAGCCGAAGGAGUUCGUUCACUGGCUCUUCCCCGUCAAGCAUCGUGAGGAGGAUGAGCACGCUCUCCGUCUCUUCUCGACCAUCCAAGUCUUCACCGCCUGUUUCGCUGGCUUCGCCCAUGGCGCCAAUGACGUUGCCAAUGCUAUCGCACCGUUAGCUGCGAUGGUGUCGGUCUACCAAGAGGCCAGCGUCAAACAAGAGCAGCCGGCUUCGAUCUGGGUGUUCGUCUUUGGAGUUGCGGCAAUCGUUAUCGGCCUCUGGGUGCUUGGCCAUCGAAUCAUCAAAGUGGUCGGCACCAAAAUGUCCCACGUCCAUCCCGCUUCCGGCUUCACGAUCGAGUUCGGCGCCGCCGUCACUUCAAUCCUGGCCUCCAAACUCGGCCUUCCCAUCUCCACGACGCAUUCGCUGGUCGGAUCCGUCGUGGCGGUCGGCACCAUCAAGGCCGGCAAAGGCGUGAACUGGUCCAUUUUCCGGUCGAUCGUGCUGUCCUGGCUCCUCACCCUACCCAUCACCAUCGGUCUCUCGGCGUUGUUCACCUUCUUGUUGAAACUUGUUGCCUACUAA